GUCAAUUCUUUCCUUAAGUUUCAAUAUUUCUGCCAAAAACACAAAAUCAAAAUGAAUAUUUCUACAAAAUUAUGCCUAUGGCUGGCUCUUCUCCUAUUUUCCGUGCUCUGUGGCAGUGCCUCAUUGGAAAGGGAAAGGCAAACGAAUGAAGUGAAUAAUCUAUCAAAUCAUAAGCUGAGCGGUGUUAUACAAUGGAAAUAUGAGAAACGACCAUUUUGCAAUGCCUUCACAGGCUGUGGACGCAAACGAACCUCGUAUCCAUCAUACCCACCGUUCUCGUUAAUAAAACGCAACGACAUUGAUGAUAAGCCGUAUAACAAUGAGUAUAUGUCCGAGGGCCUAAGUGAUCUGAUCGACAUCAAUGCCGAACCAGCCGUGGAGAAUGUUCAAAAGCAGAUAAUGUCGCAAGCUAAAAUAUUCGAGGCUAUCAAAGAGGCAAGCAAGGAGAUAUUCCGGCAAAAGAAUAAACAGAAAUUGUUGGAGAGUCAACAGCAGCAGCAGCAGCAACAAUUGCAACAGCAACAACAAAUGCAGGAACAGGAACGCGAGAAUAUCUAAGAAGAGGCCAAUUGAAAUCACAUCCCAGACACCCCCCAACCCCACACCCACCGCGAUAUAAAUGAAAGGCAAAAAAACCUCAGUUU